AUUAAAAAUGAGGCGGGUAACAAUUUCACGGAAGAAACGUCGGUGAAAGACCGAAAAGGAGGCCUCAAGGGGCAAAGCUGUCUUUCCACAUGAACUUUAAACAUACCACUCAAAAAUCAGUGAAUUGGAGAAGAAGAACAUGAACCCCAGGACGAAGAACUCUCUAGAAUAUUAAGUUAAUGGCAUUUUAAGGUAGAGAGAGAUUAUGAUGGUGUGUGAGAAAGAAGCAAGAAAGCAACAAUGGAGAAAGAAGUUUUGGAGGCUGAAUUAGUUUUACCAACUCACUUAAACUUCAAGAAAGUUCAGAUGUAUGAAAAAUACCCAAAAGGUCAAUCCAGAGGCAGACAUUGGAAGCAUCUUAAACAGAUUCUUCAGGCUGAAAAUUACCAAAAUUACCCUCCUGAUGAACCCAAUUAUAUGAACAUUGAGGCACCACCUUCAAUGCAUCCACCCAAGAGAAUAUGUGAUAUUACAGGAUAUGAGGCACAAUAUUAUGAUCCAAGGACCAAAUUGCGUUAUGCCAAUGCUGAAGUCUUUAAACUUGUCAGGUCACUUCCCGAUGAUUAUGUGCAGCGGUAUCUGGCUCUUAGGAAUGCUGCUGUUGUCCUUAAGUAGUUUUAUCUCCCUCAAACAGUGUUCUGCUCAGCUACCUGGCAAGUUCUUAUCAUUGAAUUUGACGAGGAACUGCUUUUGCUCCAUCACAAAUCUUGCAGUGUGCAAUCUGAAUCAAGUUAAACUUCUAGAUUGUGCUUCUGAUUUUUGAAUAUUAGCUAGUCUGCUAAUUGGGUUUUGUAUGUUGCUGAAUUGCUAAUGAACUUGAGUGUCGUUUUGUUUGCAAUUUCUUUUACACUUGGUCAGUGUUUCCAGGUGUUUAUAACAGAUAUAUGAAAAAAAAAAAAUGCUUAUGUAAAUGGAGAUUAUGCUAUUGACAUUCUCAUCUGGCAUUGUACCUAAAAUUCCCCUCAAAUUUAUAAAAGUACAAUUUUUUUUU